AUCUGAUUUUCGCAUAUUUUCCUCUGUGGUUUAAUAAUUACUGUAGUGAGAAAUACUUUUUUCCCUUGUAAAUGGAGGUAGGGAAGAUAACUUGAAGUGGUUUAAAUUCUGUUCGCUAAAAGGUAAAAAGAAAUAGAAUGUAGGCCGUGUGAAGGUGCUUUGGUGUAAACUUUGGUGCCAUCCUCGAUGCUGGAAGUAGAAAACCUCUAGACUUGUCACGUGACUGCCUCAGUGCAAGAAUAAGCAACAUGGCUGAACAAUCGGAUUCAAACCAGAACCCCACGAAAUGGAGCCUACUGCAGAUGGGAGCAGUUUGUUUCUUCAGCUCUGUUGGCUACUGUGGGUUCACCUCACUACCCUACUACGUGUACACGCACACAGGUCUGUUUUUCUUCGCCUACUACAUACUGCUCGUACUGAUAUGCCUGCCUGUGACGUAUGUGCAGCUCAGAUUGGGAGCCCUGCACAGGUCCGGAGUGGUCGCCAUUUUCUCUCACUUGGUGCCCAUACUUAAAGAGAAGCGGAAAUCACCAUCUUUGACAACAUCAAGACCACACCAGAGGACACCUACUUUGUCAACGAGUUCCUGCAGCGUUCAGUUCACAUCGGGAGCUGGGGGCCUCCUGUGUGGUACCUAGUCCUUGCUGUGCUCACCGUGUGGAUCCUGGUGUAUCUCAGCAUUGUACGAGGCGCCGCCGGAUUUGUCAAGGUCCUUACCGUGCUUGUACCAGUGAGUGCUCUGUUCAUCCUCAUCCUACUCAUCUACGGCUAUGCGGCGAUCCCGUCUGCGAGUUCUGCCCUGCACGACUUCUUCACGGAGGAGGGCGAGAGGAUACAGAGCACGAGGCGAGGGCAGGAUCACUCCCUGUUUGCUCACUUCUUGAGUCGACCAAAAAUCUGGCUGGAUUCCCUUGAGCUGCACAUUUACGGUUUGGGACUAUGGGCAGGCACGCUACCAUUGCUGGGUACUCACGUGACGUGCAAGAAGAAAACGAUAAGCAUGGCAUGGCUGUUGCUGCUGUCGUUGUAUGGUCUGGUUCCCCACCUGCUGUUGGUCAUGCUGGCGCCAUACAUACAACCCACGUAUCCAGGCGGCACACUAGCUUAUGAAGUGGGCAUCAAACCAGGCAUGUCCUACUUGUUCGUGUCCAUUCCGCACACGUUCAGCAAACACGGAUUGUCUCCCUUCAUGGCUUUCCUGCUCUACUUGACCUAUGUGCUGAUCAGUCUACAGCAUCUG